GGUGGACCAAGGCAGAUAAAUACCCCCUGGGGCAGGAGACCCGUGAAAGGCUGAGGCGCGCUCCUUGCAGGUUGUAGAACGGGCAUCUCAGUCAAUAUGUUGGCAUCACGGGCGCUGCUGGUAAAACAGGUGGCGGCUGUCCUGACGAAACAGCCAGUCUGCCUCGCUCACCAGUCAGGGGACUGGGGCAACUGGGGGAACACCAACAUCGCGGUGGUGUUUUCUGGAUGCGGAUGGUGGGAUGGGACUGAUAUCCAUGAAGCUGCAUACACCAUGUAUCAUCUCAGCCGCAAUGGCGCUCGCUUCCAGCUGUUCGCCCCGAACCAGCAGCAGAUGCACGUGGUGGAUCACAUGAAAGGCCAGCCCGCGUCCGGAGAGAACAGGAAUGUCAUGAUCGAGUCGGCUCGUUUGGCGAGGGGGAAGAUGCAGGAUCUCUCCAAGCUCGAUGUCAGCAGCUUUGACGCCGUCAUCUUCCCAGGGGGCUACGGGGUCACCAAGAACCUAUCGACCUUCAACAGCGACGGCAAAGAUUGCAAGAUCAAUCACGACGUGGAGCGAAUCAUGAAGGAGUUCCACCGCUCCCGCAAACCAAUCGGGCUGUCCUGCAUGGCUCCGAUCCUAGCCUGCCGGGUGCUGCCCAGCCUGGAGGUCACCAUGGGUCAGGAGCGCGACGAGAGCAGUCGCUGGGGCCGCUGGCCGUACACCAGCAUGGUGCAGGCGGUGAAGAGCAUGGGAGCCCGCCACUCCAUUCGCGAGCCUUACAUAUCCUUUACACAGCCAGGGCUUCCUACUGUAGACCUGCAUCUGCAUCUGUACCGCAAAACAGCACAGAGCACAGGGAGACCCACAGGCUCAUGACACUGAGGAGCAGUGUUAGCACAAGGGCAGCUACAGUGGGGAGAGGCUGCAUAUAAUAUAUUUCUCCAAAUGGUGUUCAGUAGCAAUGCAGAAAGACAGACAGGCAGACAGUGGCACUGCAAUGACAAUGCAGACAGACAGACAGGGCACUGCAACAGCAAUGCAGACAGACAGACAGACAGGGGCAAUGCAGACAGACAGACAGACAGUGACACUGCAGUGACAAUGCAGACAGACAGACAGACAGACAGUGGCACUGCAGUGACAAUGCAGACAGACAGACAGACAGUGGCACUGCAACAGCAAUGCAGACAGACAGACAGACAGAGGCACUGCAAUGACAAUGCAGACAGACAGACAGUGGCACUGCAGACAGACAGGCAGACAGAGGCACUGCAAUGACAAUGCAGACAGACAGACAGUGGCACUACAGACAGACAGGCAGACAGUGGCACUGCAGACAGACAGGCAGACAGUGGCACUGCAGACAGACAGGCAGACAGUGGCACUGCAAUGGCAAUGCAGACAGACAGAUAAUGGCACUGCACUGGCAAUGCAGACAGACAGACAGACAGACAGUGGCACUGCAGACAGGCAGACAGACAGUGGCACUGCAAUGGCAAUGCAGACAGACAGACAGCCAGACAUGUUUGAUAUGAGAUCUGGUGUCCCGGGAAGAGAUCUCCUUAACAGCGCGUGACGCACGAGGCCCAGGUGGACGAGAAGAACAGGGUGAUCAGCACGCCCACCUUCAUGUGGGAGACGGACUAUCACUACCACUACAUCUUCGACGGCAUCGGAAGCAUGGUGAAGCACGUCAUGCGCAUGAGCGCCGCCAAGUAGAGAGGCCACGCCCCGGACGGGUCGGGAACCGGGGCACAGAGGGGCUGACCCCUCACGAGAAAAACUGCAUUCAACUGGGAAAACACCUGAGUGCGCUUUAUUUCUUAAUUAAGUGUUGUGUUACUGUAAGAGAUCUCCUGCGACCCUUUUGUGUUUUAAAACGAUUAGACAGUGUUACGGUGAUGACGCCACCGCCGUCAGAUACAGCAGCGGUAUUAGUUUUUUCUGAAGACUAUACAAAAUCAUUUUGUAAGGAAAGCGUGGGAGGUUGCCCCGGAGAAUCAGGGGCAGCGGGUAGCGAAGCUGCUGAAAAAUGUUGUGAAAUUAAGGAGCAGCCACGCUUGCCCCAGUCUCAUAAGGGAGCGACGGCACAUCAAAUCUAUAAAAGCCUGUGUUGUCAAUAAUUAGAAGGCUCGGUUGUUAAGGCUGUCAAGUCAAUCUUCAUCAGGGAUGGUGACAGGUCUGUCGCUGACACGCACACACACACACACACCCCUCUGUCCCACACUGAUGCACUCUCCAGCAACAUCAGCAAUUAGAGAGCAGCGGGGAACAAAGAAACCACAGAAUGCUUCUUCAUUGAGUUAUUUCAUUAUUCUUUUUCAUGUUUUAUAUAUAUUUAUAUUUUAAAAAUCUGCAGCUACUGUGCUUUGACUUUUAAAACACUGUGAAUGUAGAAGCUUUAGGCAACUUUCACGUGAUUUGAUUGGCUCUUGUAAUGAUGAAAUUUGCAUAUUUAUUAUUAUUUAUUUCUUAGCAGACGUCCUUAUCCAGGGCGACUUACAAUUGUUACAAGAUUUUUUUUGGUUUUUUUUACAUACAAUUACCCAUUUAUUCAGUUGGGUUUUUACUGGAGCAAUCUAGGUAAAGUACCUUGCUCAAGGGUACAGCAGCAGUGUCCCCCCACCUGGGAUUGAACCCACGACCCUCCGGUCAAGAGUCCAGAGCCCUAACCACUACUCCACUAACCACUAUUCCCCUUAAAUCAAAAGCUACACACACACACACACACACACACACACACACACACACACACACACACACACACACACACACACACACACACACACACACACACACACACACACACACACACA